CCAUGUUUCCAUUGAAUUUGCCUCUGAAUUCGGGGGCAGGAACUGUAGGUGGAACACAGGGGACACGGGUUUCAAAGCUGCAGAUCCUUCUGGCAUCGGGAUCAGCUGUUACACUGCCAGGCACAGAAUCCAUGCAGAUGUUGGAUCAUGCCGAAGAUCUUGUCGAGAGUGUGGACCACCUCACCCAGAAUGCAGAUGUGGCUUCUGAUCCUGGUGGCGUAUCUGUUCCAGAGGAACGUGAAUUCGGGACGUCUGCCGACCAAAGCUGUGGAUCCAGAGGCGUUCAUGAAUAUCAGUGAGAUCAUCCGACACCAAGGCUAUCCCUGCGAGGAGUAUGAAGUCGUCACGGAAGACGGGUACAUCCUUUCUGUUAACCGAAUUCCUCAAGGCCUGGCGCAACCUAGGGAUGCAGGGCCCCGGCCGGUGGUGUUGCUGCAGCACGGCCUGCUGGGGGACGCCAGCAACUGGAUCUCCAACCUGCCCAACAACAGCCUGGGCUUCAUCCUGGCCGAUGCCGGUUUUGACGUGUGGCUGGGGAACAGCAGGGGCAACACCUGGUCCCGGAAGCACAAGACCCUCUCCAUAGACCAAGAUGAGUUCUGGGCUUUCAGUUAUGAUGAGAUGGCUAGGUUUGAUCUUCCUGCAGUCAUAAACUUUAUUUUGCAGAAAAGCGGCCAGGAAAAGAUCUAUUACGUCGGCUAUUCACAGGGCACCACCAUGGGCUUUAUUGCUUUCUCCACCAUGCCAGAACUGGCUCAGAAAGUCAAAAUGUAUUUUGCGUUAGCGCCCAUAGCCACUGUUAAAUAUGCGAAAAGCCCUGGCACCAAGUUUUUGCUGCUCCCGGAUAUGAUGAUCAAGGGACUGUUUGGUAAGAAAGAAUUUCUGUACCAGACCAGAUUCUUCAGACAGUUUGCUAUUUACCUGUGUGGCCAGAUGAUUAUCGAUCAGAUCUGUAGCAAUGUCUUGCUACUUAUGGGAGGAUUUAACACCAACAACAUGAACAUGAGCCGAGCAAAUGUGUACGUCGCUCACACUCUUGCUGGAACAUCUGUGCAAAAUAUCCUACACUGGAGCCAGGCAGUGAAUUCUGGGGAGCUCCGGGCAUUUGACUGGGGGAGUGAAACCAAAAAUCUGGAGAAAGGCAAUCAGCCGACGCCCGUGAGGUACAAAGUCAGGGACAUGACGGUCCCCACCGCCAUGUGGACGGGGGGCCAGGACUGGCUUUCCAACCCAGAGGACGUGAAGGCCCUGCUCUCCGAGGUGACCAAUCUCAUCUACCAUAAGAACAUUCCCGAAUGGGCACAUGUGGAUUUCAUCUGGGGCUUGGACGCGCCCCGGCGUCUGUACAACGAGAUCAUACACCUGAUGAGGCGGGACGAUGCCAACCUGUCCCCGGGCACGUGUGCGGUCGGCCGCGAGGAGUCGGAGGCCGGCGAGUCCUAGGAGGCUGCAGGGCAGGGGCCGCAGGCGGGACUCACGGGGCCCCCAGACCUGGGGGAAGCGGGGCAGACCGGCGCGGGCGGAGGACUUCCUGCCGUUGGCUCUAAAACUGGCAUUUGCAAUUUUUUCAGCUAAUUAAAAUACUCAUUGGAUGAA